GCGCCCCAACCGUCGGUAUUUGAAUCCGCGGCGGGCGGACAGUGGUGCGGAAUCGGCGCCUCCCGCUCUCUCGGCGUUGUAUGGCCGCCGGCAGAAUGAGUCUGCAGAUCUGCAACGAUGAAAACGUCACUGGUGACAAAAGUGCAGAAAACUGUGAGUUCCUGUUUUCGCCGCUAGAACCUACCGGAAGAUUAUCUGUUCUUCGUCUGUCCCAGAAAGAAAAUGUGCCACCGAAGAGCACAGUCAAAGCUAUGAAAGUGACUUUUCAGACUCCCCUGCGGGACCCGCAGACACACCGGAUCUUGAGUCCUAGCAUGAGCAGCAAGCUUGAGGCCCCUUUUGUUCUGGCGGAUGCUGUUGGGCUGGAAAACUCCCAUCACAACUGGGCCCAGAAAGAGAACCAACAGUUCACCAAGGAAGCCGACACCAAAGUGACCAAUGGAAUUGUCCAGAUACGGACAGUGGCCAAUGCCAACCUGCCGCCAGGGGAUGUGAGACCAGCGUCUGAAGAUAGGCAGCGUUCCAGUGGGCCCACCUCUGCCCCCCUGGCCAGCCUGGAGCCCUCAGGCCCUCCCCAGGUGCCAGAAAGUCUUGAAAAUCAAGUGGCAUCUCUAGGACCAAUGUCUGGGAGCCCUGAGCAAGCCUCAGAGGAAAAUGCUCAUUCUUGUGUCUUAGAGAAAAGUAUUACGUCCACCUCUGAGGUCCUAGGAGCCCCUUCCCAGAUGGCUCUCCAGGACAGGACGGAAGGUCGUCACGGGGCUGCCGGAGAGAGCUCUAGCCUGGUCCCUGCUUCCUCGGCCAGGGUCACUUUGCCCCCUUCUCCUCCCCUCAAAGGAGCAUGUGGAGAAGGGCCCCUUGAAGACCUGCCUGCCAAGGCCCCCACCGGCCCUGAAGCCACUUCUGGUCCUGGGAACGCCAUCCUGGGCAGCCCCCUGAACACUAGAGGGACCACAUCCCCAAAUCCUCAGAAGGAAGAAGCUGAUGGCCACCAGGCCACCUCUUGGAGGAGUGGGCCCACAGGGCUAGAAUUUGAUUUGUUUGACCAUGCCGCCAGCGGAAGGGAACCGGAGAAGGGACCCGGCCUUAAACCUCCCUCUAGGAUACCAGAGUCUAAGGAGGAAAAGGCACCUGAGGAGGCAGGGGAGGGGCCUGUUCCCCUCCCCCAGGGGUCUUACAACCUGGAUUGGAGCAAGCUGGAUGACCCAAACUUUAACCCGUUCGAAAGUGGAGGAAGGACCCAGCCCCCAGCGUGCCCCCAGAGCAGGCCCGCAGCGCCUGUGGCCAAGCAGCUGCCUGCUGGUCUGGAGGCCACAGGGCACUGCCCCCCAAGCCAGCAGGUGCCUUCGGCCUCGGGGAAUGACAUACUCGUGGCACAGACUGCGGCAGGGACCCCGGGCACAGCGGGCAAGGAGGGAGCUCCGGGCCACGCCGCUGCGUCAGCGCCACCCCCCCCUCCACCCGGGCCGGAGCCCCCCUCGGACCUGGAUGAGGAGCACUUCCGAGACCCAGCGGAGGUUCUAGGCACAGGGGCUGACGUGGAUUAUCUGGAGCAGUUCGGGAGUUCUUCGUUUAAGGAGUCAGCCCUGAGGAAACAGUCCUUGUACCUCAAGUUUGACCCACUCCUGAAGGAUAGCCCUCAGAGACCUGUGCCCAUGGCCCCGGACACCAGCAGGCCUGGCUCUGGAAGGUCAUCCCAGAGAGGGGCCCUGUCACCCGGCCACCUGUGGGACCGUGGGUGGGUCCCCUGCCCCCCUGCCCCCCUGCCCCCCUGCCCCUGCUCGUCCUCCUCUGUGCUCCUCCAAACCCAGACUCCUUUCUUUUCUCAAGAGGAGGCUCAGAAACAGAAAGAGCUCGCAAAAGCUGAAAUCCAGAAGAUUCUGAAGGAAAAAGACCAGCUGACUGCAGACCUGAGCUCCAUGGAAAAGUCUUUCUCUGACCUGUUUAAGCGAUUCGAGAAACAGAAGGAGGUGAUCGAGGGGUACCGCACGAAUGAAGAGUCGCUGAAGAAGUGUGUGGAGGAUUACAUCGCGAGAAUUGAAAAGGAAGGCCAGAGGUACCAGGCCCUGAAGGCCCACGCGGAGGAGAAGCUCCAGCUUGCCAACGAGGAGAUCGCCCAGGUGCGCAGCAAGGCCCAGGCAGAGGCCCUGGCCUUCCAGGCCAGCCUGAGGAAGGAGCAGAUGCGCAUCCAGUCCCUGGAGAAGGCCGUUGAGCAAAAGACUAAGGAAAACGAAGAACUGACCCGAAUCUGUGAUGACCUCAUCUCCAAGAUGGAGAAGAUCUGACAAGGAGGCCCCUCUCCAGCACCCCGCCCUGUCUGUCUGUCUGUCUGUCUGUCUGAAAGGUUUCAUGUUCUUUCUUUUUUUCUUAACCUUAGCUCAUUUUUAAACUAGAUCACUUUAACAAGAAGACUAAAUAAAGUUUCCUUUCGGUUCAA